CAAUGGACUGAUCGAUAAUCAAAAGUGUUAGAAUUUAUCAACUGUGAUGGAAAUUUUGCUUAAUUUCAACUGUUAAUGAAUUAGAAGUUUUAUUGAAACAAGUUGUAUUUUCUGUGUCCAGAUAUAAAUAAAGAACUGAAAAAAAUGAAUUUUCAACAUUUGUCCACAAUGCCACCGCUGCCAACGGAGAAUGUUCCGACGAAAACACAGCCUCCGCUGCCUGUAGGCAUGCCACCUCCGCCUCCUUCAACACCUGAAACUUUUCAUUUAUCGACUUCAAAGGAUGUAGAUUGUGCGAAUUAUUCAAAUUACUCCGUGGCACCGCCAAUGCCGCAAACUCCUGGAACUAGCAGCUUUCACUCUUUCCCAUCAACUUUUUAUCAAAAUUCACGUAUAGAAGGGGGAACACCCAUUUAUCCUCAUUUUCGGGAUGCGACUGUCUUUGCAGAUGGAUAUUUAAAUGAAGAAGGAUAUAAAGGGCCACAUCCUGCCCCCAGAAAAACUGAAUAUAUUCCAUAUGAGCCCACAUAUAACGAAUACAAUUAUCACAAACAAAAGUACGAAGACUCUAUUCAUCGCAAUUACAGGAGUGGCAGGGACAUGGUGAUGAAUAAAGUACAUUAUAAGCCACCUGAUGGCGCAAGAGCAUUUUCAUAUGAGUACAACAAUUCAACAACGAACCCUGGCCAUGGUGUACCCAGAACAGCUUUUCGCAAUACAUCUAAUUCCACCUACACUCAUCGUCUCCCUUUUACGCCUACAUCAACCCAAAGAAGUUACGGUUAUGCCAAAUAUUCGGAAUCUAGUAGAUUCUACAAUCAAAGAGAGAGGAAAAACGAGACCCGGAAUGACAGCAAAGACCAAAAGUAUGAAACUGAAAGAGAUAGAUUAUUGAAAAGUUGGAGAUCAAAUUAUUGCGAAACAUCAGAUGAUAUUGCCGAGAAAUUAGCAGAAUUAGGUGAACAGGAUGAAAAUUCUCGAAGCGUAUGGAUACGUUCGUCUCCAGCGGACCUCUUUUAUCGUCGUACAAAUGUCUCAAAUGAGGUUGUUUCCACGAGCAGGUUAGAAGCCCUCUGCAAAUUGUUUGAAGAAAAGUUAGUGCAACGUGCUGAACGUAUAAGCGACACAUUGCCUCCGUAUGAGGCACCAACACGUAAACCACGUCGUCGAUUGUGUAAGCAUAAAUCGGAAGCUUGCUCAUCUUCCUCUGAAGAUUCAUCUGACGAUGAUCUUAAAAUCGAGCAAGAUUGUUGUAUGGAAGAACUCACUCGGAAAAUACAGCAUCCAUAUCGGGUUCAUGCUGAUUUAUGGCAUAAUGAUUCAGGUGAAAUGAAUGACGGUCCCCUCUGUCGCUGUUCUGCAAAGGCGCGCCGCAUUGGUAUCCGCCACGGUAUCUAUCCUGGUGAAACAGGGUAUUCAAAAUGUGUGAUGAAUUCAAAUAAUGCAUCGCAACUUUAUCAUUAUCGUAUCACUAUAUCACCUCCGACGAACUUCCUUACUAAAACGCCAACAAUAAUUAAGCAUGAUGAACAUGAGUUCUUAUUUGAAGGUUUUUCUAUGUUGACACAUUCUCCUCUUGCGGACUUACCAACAUGUAAAGUUAUUCGUUUUAAUAUCGAGUAUACUAUCCUAUAUGUUGAAGAAAAGAUGCCGGAAAACUUUACUAUAAGAGAACUGGAGUUGUUCAAUAAAUACCUAUUCCACGAACUUCUGGAACUGGUGGAUUUCUCAUUGUACCCCAGCGGCAUGUCAAGUUCAGAAACAUGCCCCGCCUUUCAUUUCUUUCCACGUUUUGUAAGAGACUUGCCAGAUAACGGAAAAGAAGUAUUGGCUAUGAGUGAAGUUCUUCGAUACCUUUUAGAUAGUGCAGCACCUCUUGUUGAUAGAGAACAACUGCGCUGCAUAAAGGAUAUCAGCCAGCAUGAUUGGCAGGAUUACGUUGACUUUAUAAAAGGCAUGCUUGUGACAAAGCCUGGAUUCAAGCCGUGUUCUGUGAGGGUUGAUCAGUUAGAUCGAAAUGUUUCUGAUUUGCCUGAAUGUUUUGAUGUCGAAGAAAACGUUACCUAUCCAGCAAUCGUUCAUUUUGGUAUACGCCCACCACAAUUAAGCUAUGCUGGUAAUCCCGAGUACCAAAAAGCAUGGCGCGAAUAUGUGAAAUAUCGCCACUUGAUGGCUAAUAUGUCUAAACCAUCAUUUGUUGACAAGCGUAAGCUGGAAGAAAAGGAGGCUCGAUUGCAGGAAAUGCGAACACAAGGACGCAUGAAACGUAACAUAACAGUAGCUGUAAGCUCGAAGAGUUAUUACAGAACUGGAAUAAUGUGUGACAUUGUCCAACAUGCAAUGCUCAUCCCGGUACUUACUGGCCAUUUACGAUUUCAUAGAUCCCUUGAUCUUUUAGAGCAAAAUAUCGGCUAUAAUUUUAAAAACAGAUAUUUAUUGCAAUUAGCUCUGACUCAUCCAUCAUACAAAGAAAAUUAUGGAACGAAUCCUGAUCAUGCCCGAAACUCACUUACUAAUUGCGGCAUUCGGCAACCCGAAUAUGGUGACCGCAAAAUACAUUACUUGAAUACACGAAAGCGUGGCAUAAAUACCCUUAUAAAUAUAAUGUCAAGAUUCGGCAAGGAAUACGAAACGAUGUCAAAUAUAACACAUAAUGAGCGAUUAGAAUUUUUGGGUGAUGCCGUUGUUGAAUUCUUAAGUUCCAUCCAUUUGUUUUUCAUGUUUCCCGAUUUGGAGGAAGGUGGAUUAGCCACAUAUCGCGCGGCUAUUGUGCAGAAUCAACAUUUGGCAUUGCUAGCUAAAAAGUUGCACUUGGAAGAAUACAUGCUUUAUGCACACGGCUCUGAUUUAUGUCAUGAAUUGGAAUUGCGACAUGCUAUGGCUAACUGUUUCGAGGCGUUAAUGGGUGCGCUCCUACUUGAUGGUGGUAUAUCAGUAGCUGAUGAAGUAUUUAUGAACGCCUUAUACAUGGAAGACGAGCAAUUAAGAGAAAUCUGGAAAAAUUAUCCAGAACAUCCGCUGCAAGAACAGGAACCAUUAGGAGAUCGGGCUUGUAUUGCUUCCUAUCCUGUGCUUCAAGAACUAACUAAAUUUGAGGAAUCCAUUGGCAUUCAAUUCAAACAUAUACGUCUACUGGCUCGUGCUUUUACGGAUCGCUCCAUUGGAUUUACUCAUCUUACAUUGGGAUCUAAUCAACGUUUGGAAUUUCUCGGUGAUACUGUUCUUCAAUUAAUUUGUUCGGAAUAUCUUUAUCGUCAUUUUCCUGAACAUCAUGAGGGUCAUUUGUCGCUCUUGCGAUCAUCUCUCGUGAACAACCGCACUCAAGCAGUAGUCUGUGAUGAUCUUGGUAUGACUAAAUAUGCAGUUUAUUCAAACCCAAAGGUGGAAUUGAAGACAAAGGAUCGCGCAGAUUUGUUAGAAGCAUUUUUAGGUGCACUAUAUGUUGAUAAAGGCCUCCUCUAUUGCGAGCAAUUUUGCCAUGUGUGCUUAUUUCCACGUUUGCAAAUAUUUAUUAUGAAUCAGGAUUGGAAUGAUCCAAAAUCAAAGCUGCAACAAUGCUGCCUUACCUUGCGAACGAUGGAAGGAGGGGAACCUGACAUUCCGAUUUAUAAAGUGAUCGAGUCUAUUGGACCAACUAAUACGAGAGUGUAUACAGUUGCAGUUUAUUUUCGGUCUAAACGUUUAGCGACCGCAACCGGUUCUUCUAUUCAGCAGGCUGAAAUGAAUGCAGCGAAACAAGCAUUGGAGAAUUCUCGUGAUUUAUUCCCUCAAUUGGAUCACCAAAAGCGUGUAAUUGCUAAAAGUAUCAAAAAACAGAAGGGUACCGAACUAAAGCCAGAACUCGAAGAGAUAUUGGCUGAACAAACUAAACCUAAAAUUACGAACUCAAUGGAGGAUGAAUCACAUCUUCCUAAACAAUACCGAGUUCGCGAAGACAUUUCAAGUGAUGAGCUACCAGAAGAUGACAUCAACGAUGCUGGAAAUAUAACCAACAAAGGUCAUUCAGGUCAUACCAGUUCAAGCAGCUCAAGUUCAGACGAUGAAAUGUUGGAAAAGGGCCGCGUACCAAAGCUGAAAAAAAGAAGCCGCACUAAAAAACUAGAGUUUAUUGGGCACGGAUCGAGGUCAAAUUUAUUUUCAUCUAAAAGAGUGUGCCACCAAGUGGACGAGGAAGAUCAUCAGAACACCAGCAAAAGAAAUUGCGAAGAUGUCAGUAGUGACGAUUGCUUUGGAGAAAAUACAAUUUCCACAGUUUCUUGUACAGCCGAAAAUCAUAAAUUAUCACCGAAUAAGCCUGUGCCUAGCUCCGCAUGUAAAAAUGUUAGACCAGUCGGAAAUACAAUGCCUCAUGACUUAAAAGAUUUGGUGGAAGAUGUUUCGUCAAACUCUGAUAUAGAGUCAGGGGAACUUAGUAGCUAAUUUCCAUCUUAUUUACCUGCAUUAAAUGUUAAAUAAAAUUCAUAUUUAAGCACUUCCAAUAAAAUGAUACAAUUAUUUUGUGUA